GGCGCCCAUGCUGCAUCCCCUCGCCGCAAUGCGGCAGCUGUCUCCUGCCACGCUAGCUAGUUCAUGUUCAAUCAUUCAGCCUGGAUGCUGUAUCCCCCCGUAGUCCGUACGCAACUGGCGAUCGUUUCGUUGCAAAUCGCAGCACGAUUCGUCACAAGCUCUUCCUUUUCCUUUUAAUGCUCGUUUGCCGCCGCCGGCCGCUCUCCCCAAUCCCAUCCCCUCACCAAUUGGAUUCCCCGUACGCCGUCGUAUCUCGAGCUCUUGUCUUUUUCCUCUUGUACCGAAUCCUCUCGUCGGAUUGGAACCGCUCGUUCCGUCUCAAUGGCGGCGGUGGCGGGCGAGCCGGAGGUGAUCCGUGACAAGGCCGCGAUGCGCGCGUGGGCGCGCCGCCGCCGCGCUGAGGGCAAGACCGUCGCGCUCGUCCCAACCAUGGGCUUCCUCCACGACGGCCACCUCUCCCUCGUCUCCGCCGCCGCCGCGGCGUCCGCUACCGGCCCCGUCGCCGUCGUCGUCUCCAUCUACGUCAACCCCAGCCAGUUCGCCCCCACCGAGGACCUCGCCACCUACCCCUCCGACCUCGCCGGGGACCUCCGCAAGCUCGCCGCCACCGGCGCCGUCGCCGCCGUCUUCUGCCCCCCGGACCUCUACGUCCGCGCCGGCGCCGGCGGCUCCGGGGGCGCGGUGUCAUGCCUGGAGGAGGCCAGCUGUGGGGACGGGCACGAGACGUGGAUCCGGGUGGAGCGGCUGGAGAAGGGGCUGUGCGGGAGCCGCAGGCCCGUCUUCUUCCGCGGCGUGGCUACCGUCGUCGCCAAGCUCUUCAACAUCGUCGAGCCGGACAUCGCCGUGUUCGGGAAGAAGGAUUAUCAGCAGUGGCGCGUCAUCUGCCGGAUGGUUCGUGAUCUUGAUUUUGCCAUAGACAUCAUUGGCUCAGAAAUAGUGCGAGAAGCUGAUGGUCUUGCAAUGAGCUCUCGCAACGUACACCUAUCACACGAGGAAAGGGAGAAGGCGUUGUCCAUCCAUAGAUCACUAGUGAAUGCUAAAACUGCUGCUCUGAAUGGAAACAAUCACAGCGAACAAAUAAAAGAUCAAAUAGUGCAGACACUUACUGAAGCUGGUGGUCAGGUUGACUAUGUCGAGAUUGUGGAGCAGGAAAACUUGGUGGCUUUGGAGAGGAUCGAUCGCCCUGCGGCGAUCUGUGUUGCGGCAUGGUUUGGGAAGGUGAGAUUGAUCGACAAUAUGGAGAUCCAGACGCACCAUCCCGAUGGAGGAGCUAGUAUUUAGAGAACCGUAGUUAUAACACAACUGAAUGCCGGCUUCCUGUUCGGAACCAAUACGCUUGCUUAUUGGUUAUUGCUUCACUCCAUAACUAGCUGACUGGAGUAGAGUAUCACCCUGAUUAAUUGCUACGUUGUACUGUACACUAUAUAAUCAAAUGUAGAUGUGGUAAUAAAGAGCCGAUACGAUUCUAGUGAA